AUCCGGGUGAAAACGUUGUUGCUGCUUCUCGUUGUGGAUAAUUUUUGAGAGCAUCGCUGGGUCUCCCUCAAUCUCCACCAAGACGGCGGUGAAGACGGCAGCGACGGCGAGUGGCGGAGGAUUCUCCGCUGGUGGGUGAGGAUUCCGCCGAAUUCGUCUUGUCCGAGGCUCGGACUCCGAGCAAAAUUUCUGGUUUUGAGUGACGGCGAGUGGCGGAGGAUUCUGCUAAAUUUUACUCUGGUUUUGGGCGUCAAGCAUUUCCGGCAGCCCCAAGGUUCGAACAUCUAUGAGCGUUUUGAUAUAGCAUCAAUAGUUGAAGCUGACAAUGCCCGUCUGAAAUAUUUUUCCAGAUCUUCUGAUAUGUUUCAGUUCUAAGCUGUUAAAUUCUUAGAUGUUUCCUGCCACAUUGAUGGGAUCAGAGUUUAAAUACUUGCUGCUCUACAGUUAUUGCAAUGUGACAUGCAAUAUUAUGUAUUAACAUAGAUGUUUGACUUUCAAUUUUGAAUAAAAAUUACAUUGCUUAAGUGCUUAAGUGACAAUGGAAACAGAGAUGCUGUAAGAGAUCUGUAAAUGUUAGCGCUAAAUGCUAGUUAUGUUGUGAUCAGUUUAUUGAUCAAAGAUAGAGGUUGUAUGUAUGGCAUUUUGUUACAGAGGAAACAAGGUAGUCAGGCAGUAGUUGGCUGGAAACAUCAAAUAGCAAAUGGCAAGAUAAAGGAUAAACAGAGAGCUAAAACACUUUAAAAUUUUCCGCAGAAUGGAUGGAGUGAUGAUUUUUGUCAGCUCUUACUCUGAGUAUGUACGACUUAGGAAUUAUUUGAAAUCUCAGUCUGCUUUAGUCUGCCUGUUUGGAGAGUAUAUAAAGCGAAAUGAGAUUUCUCAUGUCAGGGGUGAGUUUUUUAGAGGAGAAAAGAAAAUUAUGCUCUACACUGAGCGAGCCCAUUUCUAUUACAGAUACAAGGUCUUCCCCAAGAUAAAGGAUUCUGUUCAGAUUCGCGGUGUGAAUAAUUUGAUAAUUUACUCCUUGCCAGAGAGAAAAGAAUUCUACCCACAGUUAACUUUCUGGAAGAGUCUGAUAGCAUGAAUUGCAGAGUAUUGUUUUCUCGUUUGGAUAAUCUCCGAGUAUCAUUCUUGUACUUUAUCUGUGCAAGAUCAUAUAAAUUGGUCAUUUAUCU